AUUUCCGGUGAUCGGUGGCGUACGCUUUCAAAAUCUCUCCCUCCACGAUCACAGGAAAUGCCCGUCGUGUUAUUUAAUUAAUGUUUUAUUUGUGUGUGUGUGUCGCCCAGUUCAGUUGUAAUCAUAGAUGGAGUCCAAGGAUUCUGAAAACAAGGCGUCUCGGUCCCUGAGGCGAUCUACGCGGCGGGCAUCCUCCAAAGCGAUGGGGUGUGAGCCGACCCCCAGGGGUCCGCUGAAGAGGACCAAGAGGAGCUCAGGGAAACCGGGUCCUGUCGCAGCAGUCAAUGGGUCCGGAGAUCCGGAGAGUGGCUCUGAGGAUGAAGAGUCCCCGAGCAAGAAGAGCCGGCUGCAGACUGAAGGAGCAGCGGGACGUGGUGAUGAUGAUGAUGAUGAUGAUGGUGAUGAUGGGACUGAGAUGGAAGUCCAGGAGUCAGCUGGAGAUAUGAAGAAUAACCAGGAAACAGUCGCUGACAAGCAGGAAUCUUCUCAUGGCACUCAUCCACCUAAACUCUACCAAGGUGCCAUUGGAGAUGUGAAUUUACUCCCUCGUGUAGUGUUACACGAAUACCGCAGACCCCAAGUUGCAAGUGGAGAAGCAGACUUGAUGGAAACCAAAAGAGUAAACUCAUCAACCAAAGGACCGGCAGCCCCCACCAAGUCUGCUGUGCAAACCAGAUCAUUGGUGAACAGCCAUGAUGUGCCCCCUACCACGACCAGCAUGGCUGAGUACAAGAGUCGGAUGGAGGCCAUUGCCAAGAGACCUGCUAUUCCCACAGUUAACAACGUGAGCCCAAGUGUUUACCCGUCAUCAGAGAAAUCCUUGUCAGUGCAUCAACGUUUGAGACACAUUCCAAUUAAAAAAGAAUUGGUUAAGCCCAGGAAAAAAGCAGUGAAAAAUAAAACAGAUGUCAUCAAGAUAAGCUCCACAAAUUCUUCUCGGGGUUGCAUGUGGUAUUUCUGGUGUUUGGUUGCCCUGGUGCUGCUCGGUUCUGUCGCCGCCCUGGUAUACAAGAAAUUCCCUGUCCUCAGAAUGGUCACAGAUCUAGAAGGGCUUAUAUCCAGGGCUGCUGAGCCAGAUGUGUUUGCUGAUCAGUUGUCUCUUCUUGAGGCUCAAUUCCCCAGUCAGCGUCCAGAGUUGUGGAAAAGGAGCAAGAUACACCUGGGGAAGCACCUGAGAACAGCCCAGCCCACAGAGCCGGUGAGUCUGAUUUUCACCGCUGGCCGCAGCGCUGAGAGGACGCUGCACUGCCUCGCUCAGGGCCUGGCCUCCGCCUUCUCGUCUGUCAUCAAAACCUCCGUCCUCCAAAUCGAUGGAGCCAGCAAAGCCAAUCAGGACAGUGAUGAAGUGAAGCUGGACAUUGACAGCCAACUGAAGGAGGCCUUUGAAGGUGAUAAACCAGUGGCAAUCAUUCAUCGCCUUGAAGAGCUGCCUCCAGGCUCUACCCUCAUUUUUUAUCGCUACUGUGACCACGAGAGUGCCGCGUACAAGCAGGUGUUCUUGUUGUUUACUGUGCUGCUACCUCAGGAUGAGGUUAGCAGUGAGCAUAGUCUGAAGGAUGUGGACGAGAUGGUGCAAGACUAUCUAAGGGAGAGGCUGGUGGGCUCCAGCAACCAAACUUCCUUCAAUGAGAUGGACAAUAACAAGUACGGUGGACUGUGGAGCCGCAUCUCGCACCUUGUUCUGCCAGUAGUGUCUGAGAAGGAAGUAGAGAAGAGAGGAUGCUCAUAAACCAAGCUGGCUUCUCUGAAAAAAUCAGGAUACCACUUUGGACCAGCCUGUUACUUUUUGGCGCAGUGCAGGAGCUAGGAAACAAAAGUAAAAUUGAAGUAUAAUGUGUGUGCUGUGAUAAUUCACAUAUAGACUUGAUUUGAAAGGGUUGAAAAUGGUAUUAAUCUCUCUCUGUCAGAGAUAAAAUUGUACAUAAGCUGCUGUCCAAUGUGUGAUCAGUUUAACUGCUUCCAAGAUGUUCAGCGCAGUUUUUAAUUAAAUGUGUGUAGAUGUACAGGCUUUGCAUCAGGACGAAACAAUGAUGUUGCACCAUCAUUCCACUUCCAAGAGGGGAAUUCAGUCCGUAUUCUCUCGUAGAUUUACCAUAUAACAAGAUGUAAAGCACUUUCUUCAAAUGAUUUUCCAUGAACAUGUCCAAUCCAUAGAUUGAAUAUAAAGAUGGACAACGCGUCUCCCCUUCUUCUCACUAGCCAGAAAUGAAGCCAAAACAUCCCGGAUACGAACGUCGCCAUCUUGUGACUCAGUCUUGGCUGUCAAUCAAGUCCACUGCUCUAGCAUCAAACAACUAUUACAACCAAACUUAAUGAAUGACAGAAAAAUCUGUUGGAUCACUUUAAGGGAGCUGUCCUGUCACCAUCUUUGUAAACAGUCUAUGGUCCAAUCCAAAAGCGUUACUGUUACACGGUGAAGAAUUACACGGGGUCCUCCUGUAAAAGUAAAUUUUUUUUUGUGGAAAUUCAUAUUUCUUGGACUGUACCAAAUCUCAGAGACAACUGAUGACAUGCUUUAUAUUUCUGUCUAAUGUGUGCAUCCCUUCAUUUAAUUAUCUUGUGCACACAACUGGAUUGGAUUUGCACUGAAAAGGUUUUUCAUUAACUAGCCCUCAAAUCGAGAGUACUGGCUUUUAAAAAGAUAAAACUUUUAUGUCCUUUGUUUUUGGGGAAUUUGUAUAUAUGUUGUUGACUUUUUUUUUUAGAUUGGAUAUAUAUAUAUGUAUAUAGGAUUUAAAAAGGUUUGUUUUACCACCGAAAUGUAGUUAUAAUGUUGUAAAAACACAGGUUUUGAAUUUAUACAAAUAUUUUGACAGAAUAUCACAAAAUGUGCCUUAAAUACUGACCUGGAGACGAUUAGACUCAUCAGUCCUCUGACACUGACACUCUGACACUCUUUGACGACAAGUUCAGAACUCAAACAAGCUUUUUUGUUGAUUUCUUUCUUUAAUUUGUUCUAAAUUGAAUAUCGUGUUCUUUCUUGAUAUAAGUCAUUCCUCUUAUUUUGUUAUUCUGAGAUGUUGCCCAUAUAUAGACCUGGAUAUUUUCAAUAAAGACUAUUUUGUUACCUGGAA